CUUCUUCCUCAAAAGAAUACACGUCAACGAAGACACGAAAAUUAUAUAAAAAAAAAAAAACACAAAACCCCCCUCUCUCUCUCUCUCUCUCUCUCUCGCUCGCUCGCUUUGUAGUGAAACCCUAGAGAUACUGAGAUCGCCAUGGAGACGAGCUUAGGAUCGGUGGACGCGGGGGCGGAGGCGGCGGCGAAUGGGGCGGUGGGGAGUCCUCCGGCGAUCCCCUGCCACCCGAUCUCGCCGUGCCCGGCGGUGCCGGCGGGGGUGACGGAGGCGACGCUGGGAAGGCACCUCGCGCGGCGCCUCGUACAGGUGGGGGCCCACGACGUCUUCUCCGUCCCCGGCGACUUCAACCUCACCCUCCUCGACCACCUCAUCGCCGAGCCCGGGCUCCGCCUCAUCGGCUGCUGCAACGAGCUCAACGCGGGCUACGCCGCCGACGGGUACGCGCGCGCGCGCGGCGUCGGCGCCUGCGUCGUCACCUUCACCGUCGGGGGCCUCAGCGUGCUCAACGCCAUCGCCGGGGCCUACAGCGAGAACCUCCCCGUGAUCUGCAUCGUCGGGGGCCCCAACUCCAACGACUACGGCACCAACCGCAUCCUCCACCACACGAUCGGGCUCCCCGAUUUCUCCCAGGAGCUCCGAUGCUUCCAAACGGUGACGUGUUAUCAGGCGGUGGUGAAUAAUCUGGAAGACGCGCACGAGCAAAUCGAUACGGCGAUCUCCACGGCUCUGAAGGAGAGCAAGCCCGUGUACAUCAGCGUCAGCUGUAAUCUCCCGGGAAUCCCUCACCCCACCUUUAGUCGCGAGCCCGUUCCCUUCUGCCUCAACCCCAAAUUGAGCAACCAGAUGGGGCUAGAGGCUGCCGUGGAGGCCGCGGCGGAGUUCCUGAACAAGGCCGUGAAGCCGGUCCUGGUCGGUGGGCCGAAGCUCCGCGUGGCCAAGGCCAGCAAGGCCUUCGUGGAGCUCGCCGAUGUCUGCGGCUACGCUGUCGCUGUCAUGCCGUCGGCAAAGGGCCUCGUCCCAGAGCACCACCCUCACUUCAUUGGCACCUACUGGGGAGCCGUGAGCACCGCCUUCUGCGCUGAAAUCGUUGAGUCAGCCGAUGCCUACAUCUUCGCAGGCCCCAUCUUCAACGACUACAGCUCUGUUGGCUACUCCCUCCUCCUCAAGAAGGAAAAGGCCAUCAUAGUCCAGCCGGAACGUGUCGUGGUCGGGAAUGGGCCCGCGUUCGGGUGCAUCCUGAUGAAGGAUUUUCUACAAGCGCUUGCGAAGCGGCUGAAGAAGAACACGACGGCAUUUGAGAACUACCGCAGGAUCUUCGUGCCGGAGGGGCAGCCGCUCGAGUGCAAGCCUAAAGAGCCGCUGAGGGUGAACGUUCUGUUCAAGCAUAUACAGAAGAUGUUGUCGAGUAACACGGCGGUGAUUGCUGAGACCGGGGACUCGUGGUUUAAUUGUCAGAAGCUGAGGUUGCCGGAGGGUUGCGGAUACGAGUUCCAAAUGCAGUAUGGAUCGAUUGGUUGGUCGGUGGGGGCGACCCUGGGGUACGCCCAGGGCGCUAGUGGGAAACGUGUGAUUGCGUGCAUUGGUGAUGGGAGCUUCCAGGUGACAGCGCAGGAUGUAUCGACAAUGCUGCGGAGUGGGCAAAACACAAUAAUCUUCCUCAUUAACAAUGGUGGGUACACCAUCGAGGUAGAGAUCCAUGAUGGUCCCUACAAUGUCAUCAAGAACUGGAACUACACUGCCCUGGUGGACGCCAUCCACAACGGCGAGGGCAAAUGCUGGACUGCGAAGGUUUUGUAUGAGGAGGAUCUUAAGGAAGCUAUCAAGACCGCGAUGGGGCCGAAGCAGGACUGCUUGUGCUUCAUCGAGGUGAUCGUGCACAAGGACGAUACCAGCAAAGAGCUGCUCGAGUGGGGCUCCAGGGUCUCCGCUGCUAACAGUAGGCCGCCGAACCCACAGUAACUAAUAAACUCAGUGUUAGAUGUCGAAUAAUGUGAAUCCUAUGUUGCUAUCUACAAUGUUCCUCAAAGUGCUGUGUUCCGUUUUUUGCUGCUAGUGUCUGUGUAUGUAUGCACUUCAUUUGCUAGUGUUUUUGUUGUAACGAGACUUUGCUAUUUGCCUUGCUCGUUCUAUUUAGAGCUCAAGUUAUGAAUAUAUCAUGAUCUUCUUCCUGAGAUGCUCUUAAA